CUUUAGUUCCCCGGCUCUCCUUGACCUUUUCCGGCUUUGUUCUCUCUGGUCCCACCGGCGGCUCACUUGGAGUACCACCCACCGAUAGAGGGAGGAGCGAAACAAACAAAGAUGGGCUCCCCUCUAGCCCUCCCAGGCGAGCUCUCUAUGGCGUCUGUCAGCCUAGCCGGGCGGAGGGGCGGGGUUCCGUCACAUGACCUGGGUCCCCGGCGCCGGCGCAGGCGGGGUGGCAGUGUCGCCGUCGCCAGGUUCCGUAGCCUACGCCGCUUCGCCUCCUUGGCACCUGAGGCGGCCGCCCGGCGGUCCUGCGGCUCUCGCUCCUGCCGCUGCGGGCCGCGGGGCCAAGGCCAUGUCCCGGAAGCAGGCGGCGAAGAGCCGGCCGGGCAGCGGCAGCCGGAAAGCCGAGGCCGAGCGCAAGCGGGACGAGCGGGCGGCGCGUCGGGCCCUGGCUAAGGAGCGGCGGAACCGGCCGGAGCCCGGCGGCGGCGGCGGCUGCGAGGAGGAGUUCGUCAGCUUCGCCAACCAGCUGCAGGCCCUGGGGCUGAAGCUGCGGGAGGUGCCGGGGGACGGCAAUUGCCUAUUCAGAGCUCUUGGUGAUCAGUUGGAGGGACACUCACGAAAUCACCUCAAGCACCGACAAGAGACAGUGGACUACAUGAUAAAGCAGCGAGAAGAUUUUGAACCCUUUGUAGAAGAUGACAUUCCUUUUGAGAAACAUGUGGCCAGUUUGGCAAAGCCUGGAACAUUUGCUGGCAAUGAUGCAAUUGUCGCCUUCGCAAGAAAUCAUCAGUUGAAUGUGGUGAUUCAUCAACUUAAUGCCCCUUUGUGGCAGAUUCGUGGUACGGAUAAGAGCAACGUGCAGGAGUUACACAUCGCGUACCGGUACGGAGAGCACUAUGACAGCGUUCGGAGGGUCAACGACAACUCAGAAGCGCCUGCACACCUCCAGACUGAUUUUCAGAUGCUUCAUCAAGAUGAAUCAAAUAAAAGAGAGAAGAUCAAAACAAAGGGAGUUGACUUUGAAGAUGACCUGAGAGAUGAAGUAGAAGAUGCUGUCCAGAAAGUUUGCAAUGCAACUGGAUGUUCAGAUUUUAAUUUGAUAGUCCAGAACCUGGAAGCUGAAAAUUAUAAUAUUGAAUCUGCGAUAAUUGCCAUGCUCCAGAUGAACCAGGGGAAAAGAAAUAAUGCAGAGGAGAACCUUGAGUCCAGUGGCCGAGUGCUGAAGCAGUGUGACCCUUUAUGGGAGGAGGGUGGCAGUGGCACCAGAAUCUUUGGAAAUCAGGGCUUAAAUGAAGGCAGAACUGAAAACGAUAAGUCUCGGGCCAGCCCUAGUGAAGAAAACAAAGCAAAUAAAAAUCACCUCCCCAAGGUCACGAACAAACAGAGGCGAGAACAGCAGCGACUAGAGAAGAAGAAACGACAGGAGGAGAGGCACCGUCACAAAGCCCUGGAGAGCAGGAGUAGCCACAGGGACAACAACAGAAGUGAAGCAGACGCGAGCACCCAGGUCACCUUGGUGAAGACUUUCGCGGCUCUCAACAUCUGACUCUGGCCUCCUGGGAGUUGUGAGAAGGGAAUGGAAAACGGAGGGCCGUGUGCCAGGCUUUCCAGCGAGGCCAUCCUUUUACAAAACGAAACUCAACCCACAGAAUCACACACUGAGUUAGUUUCCUUCAAGCUGCCUCCUUUUUUGUUCAGUUUUGUCAGUGAUGUGUCUUAUUUAAUGAAAGUGCAGUGAAGCCAUUCAUGUUCCAUAAUUAAAAUAUCGACUUUUAGGGGUGGAUAGUUAGGUCAAAAAAACCCUUUUUAAGUGUGGUUUUAUUUGCCCUGAAAAUCAGAGUUCGGUGACCCCAGGAUCUUUCCUUAACACUCGGGGUUUCAUUGUAAUUGUUCAUGAAGUAGUUUAGAUUAAUUGCUAGAAAUUCAGAAUGACAAGUUUCCUUUGUUUCUCUUUCAUUUUCAAACAGACAUUCAUAUGCAGGAUAGUUUAUAAAUGAUGUCCAACUCAGGUACAUGUUUAGAAUUAACUUUCUUCUAAUGCAAGUUAAUCAGAAAAUAAUUCAGGAAGUGUUUUCCCAAAGUAAUAGGAUGUGAAGGUUGUGGCCUGUAGUCAGGGUGGAAAUUAAACAGCUGCGUUUCUCUUCUUCCUGAUUCUGAUGCUCAGAUGGGAUGCAGGUGCUGUUGGUCCGUUUGCACUCAAGCCAUAUGAUAAAUAGGCCAGACUGUUAAUUAGGCCUGGGCUUUGCUGGAAAAUCUGUAGUGUUGCUGAGUAGUUUGUACUUGUUUCUUGACAACGAGAAGACAGUGUAUCAUCAGUGCUUAUGAUACAGUUCGGGAUUCUGAUAGCGUGGAGCGCAGAAGCCAUAGUUGUAAAGGCAGAAGUCAAGAGAGUCCUGAGAUUUUGCUCAGGAAGAAGUCUGAAGAUGUAAUUGAUUUGGGGUGGGGGGUUGGGGGUGUCUGGAAGGAUUUCUAAGGCUUUUCACGUUCACAUUUUAAGUAAGUAGCCGUCUUUUCUUCCUUACUAUUCUGGAUUUAGAAAGAUGCCUUCAGAGAGAGAAAAGGUAACUUGACUCUUUGCUGAAUUUUCUUAGUAUUGUGAAAAUGAAAUCCCAUAAAACGCUGCACUUAACUUCUUUUUAGUUAAGCCCUGUUUGGGGAUUUUGCUGUUCAAAACACUCUCCAGCACCCUCCAGAAGUUGUCAGUGACUUAGGUUAGACUAGCCAGGCAGAGAACUUACUUUGGCUGAGGGCUUCAAAUGACUCCACAGUGCUGAAAUAGAUUUGGGCGGUGGAGAGAUUGCAUUCCUCAAACCGAAUUAGGUGAAUGUGAACUUUAAAACGAAUGUAUGAAGUGGCCAAUCUUGGACUCUCUUUGCCUUUUGGGGACCUAAUAUUUGGAGAAAUAAUAUAUGCUGAAUCAAAAGGUAAAUUAUUAGUUACCUCCCCCAUCUCAGAUUUCAAAAUUAUCAGAGUUCCGAGGCAAAGGGAAAAACUAUAAAAAGGUUUCGACACGUAUGGACAUAUCAUCGUGUGGGCUGGCCUUGGAGUCAUUGGAUUGCCUUUAUCAGCAGGUGAUUUGCCUUCUGUGGUUUUGGUGAUGUAUUUUAAUUUUUUGUUUGUUUGACUUGGUGACUUUUUGUGGUUGGAGCAUCAGUAGUCUCUUGGAAGUGCUCCCAGAACAUCCUGAUACAGUACAUCGUAAUAUGUAGCAGAUUUAGAAACUGCACAGCAUUUUUUCUUUGCACAUUGCGGAGUCCUGAGUUAGAGCCUCUAGUACUCAGUCCAGACAAGUGAGGGGUCUCCGUUGUCUCACUGUCUCCAAGGGAGUGAGGUCCAGUGCUUCAGGAUCUGUUCUCUUGGCUUUUAACUCUGGGCACGUUCCCGACUCUGGCUGAGCGUUUCUGAGCGAGCACUCUUUCUUGUCUGUCUUGUACUGUGAGAGUACAGGAGACCAGAUCCCCUCAGAAAGACUGAUUGCGUACCAGAAAUUCAGCAGAAUUAGGAGUCAGAAAUCGCUUGAGGGAGACCCGUUGUCAGAAGUAGUAGGAUCGCUUUAUUUACUUGGUUAAUGAAGGUGGCCUUGGGCUCUAUUGGGUUUUUGUUUUUUCCUGUUGGGUUUUAGAAGUUGCUAAAAAGUUGCUAAAGAAUACUGGGCACAUUUAUUUAUAAAUUACCUAAUUCUGAUCAUAGGCUUCGGCAUUUCUUGGGUAAAAUAACAGUGGUUUUAAAAACUAAUCAAA